GCUAGCCGACUUCGCUCACUACUAACGUUGCAUAUGUAGAAGUGGUUGUUCCGCUUGAGGCAUAACCAGUCCUUACAACGCAUGCGGCAAGUGACUAAAUCCUUGCACAAUCAUAUUGAUUGUUAGACAAUAUAUGGCAUGUUAGACACAUCUCACAAUACCUCCUACAGAGUAACCUUGUGGCGAACAUGGCUACCAACCCAUUUGAUGACCUCGCUUUGAGGUAUGUUCUAGCAGACGAUGGUGAGGAGCCGACUUUGGUACAGGCCGCCAAGGCAGCUGUUGCGCAAAUAGAGGCAGCCUCAGCAACGUCUCCCGCAGCCACCAGGAAUGCUGUCGGCCAGUGGGUUGCCUCCAUCAACCGUUGGUUAGCACAGAAAGACGACGACGACGAUGAUGAUAUAAUAUCUCGUGCAAAAGCUCUGGGAUUCCUUGCAAGAACACUCGAAUACCUGGAUCGGGAUCUUCUGAAAGCAGAUCAAGUCAAGCUACUUAUACGCUUUUUCUGCUCCCUAUUCUCGAGCGACCACAGAGCUGGCAUUGAGGCUUCUUCCAAGGCAUUGGGCUACAUAGCAGGCAUGAAGAAUUUCCAACCGACAUCAGGAAACGACAUAAUAUCGGGCAUCAUCAAACUUGGAAGCGACGACUUUAAGCGACAAACGCCGGCUACACGGCUUGAGAUAUAUCGACUCGUUCACGGGCUACUCCAAGAUGCUAUGGUCGCUGGUGACUUGGCAUAUCAGCAUGGAAGCACGGCGGGGUUCAUGACUGCACUUGUUGACCUUUGCAAAAACGAGAGGGACCCCCAAAACCUGAUUGCGUGGUUCGAGAUUCAAGCGCUAUUUCUGCAAAAUUUCGAGCCUAUGGAUGAGGUCACUGAAGAGGUAUUCAAAACAUUCUCGGCCUAUUUCCCCAUCACCUUGCGCGCAUCGGCAACACCCUCUGGAAUCACAGUCGAUGAUCUCAAGCGUUCGCUACGGUCCUGUUUCUCGGCUCAUCACCGUGUUGCGCGUCUUGCUGUACCAUUCCUGCUCAACAAGCUUGAUCAAGGCGAGGCAGUCACCAUGUCUGUCAAGGUGGAUAUUCUUCAGACGCUUGAGGCAUGCCUUGCUCAAUAUGGCAACGUGAAGCAAGGUGUGUCUCCGUACAGUGACAAGAUUUGGACAUCACUCAAGUACGAGGUACGGAAUGGUGAAAUUCGGGAUUCCGUUGAAGCCACUUUAAAGACAAUAGCGACGCUUGCUAGACGGUUAGACGAUCUCGAUCUACAAUCCCUUUUCGCCGCAGCCUGGAUAGAUCUGUCCGACGAUAUUUCGAAUGAAUCAUAUACAGAAUCAGCGGGCCAGUUACUUGCUGCCAUAUCCGGCGCAAGUAGAGAGUCCUUCUCAUUGGCUUCCAAGCAGUCUAUUCCUUACAUUGUGGCUCAGUUCAAGCACACAAAAUCGGCACUCCACCAGACUCGCCUUCUUGGCAUUCUAAAUGCUAUUCUCCAAGUAAGAACGGCAUUGCUAUCUGCGAAAGCUGGUGUUGACCUUCAGGACAACCUCUUUGAUGACUCUCUUUUUGACCAAGUAUACGCUCGCUCUUGGGAGGACUGGACUCAGACUCAAUACUCUAACGACCGCCCCGCCAUUAUUGCAAAGCUCAUUGACGGCAUGGCAUCUCUAGUUGCCCAAAUGUCUGGCGAUGGUACGAACAAACGGCUUUGUUCCGAUUAUACUUGUGACCGCGUGUUCAACUGGUUAGGUACCCCGUCCGUCAUUUCUGUUUUAGAGGAGAAGUACUUUCUACCCGGAAGUCAAGACUCGGAACAUGAAAAGAUUGUUAGCGCAGCCACUACAGCUCUUUCAAAACUCACACCGCUCUAUCCUGAUGGAUUUGUACAGUUAUUGGAACGGUUUCUCAGUUCAAUAGCAGUGAUUUCCAAAACGAUCACGCCAUCAAAGUCUCAAGCAGAUUCUAUCCGAGAUGCGGGAGCAUACUUGUACUCUAUUGGAUGUAGUGCUGCCGGUUAUUCGCCUUUUCGAAACGCUCUCCUGGUCAUAACGGCUCUGCUGCAAGCGUUUGAUAGGUUGGAACCUAUAUCGCCAUACUACUGGUCCCCCUUUAUCGAAAUCAUUCGCCUAGCAAUGUCCCAAACCUUCGAUGCUUUCGUAAACAUAAAGGGCGCUUCUCUGUCAGAUAAGACAACGCUAGCAGACUGGAUCCAAGACUUAGAGGCCUCGGUUAACGGAUUAGCUAAUAUUGACAAAGACGACGUCGGCGACCUCACCCGAAUGAGCGAGAGCCUCAGCAAGCUAAACAACGAGGAAGAAUCGCAUUAUAAGAAGUUCUUAAUAUUUUCUCUUAUGGUAGUCAGUUCGCUAUACAAGCACACUCUACGUUCCAGUCUCCCGAUCGGUCUUAAGGAUCAUAUCCAAACCGCCCCUGAAGCCCAGAAAGGACCCUUCUUAUAUCAAUUGGGUCAAUUAGCAGCAACCGCUAUUCGUUUUGUUGGACCAAAUGAUCAAAUCAAUAUGAAGUUUGCUGAACAAGCCUUCGUUUUGUUCAUGCAGACGGACAGCUCAAUGGAGAGUCUCUUGCGAGACGUUGCAGUGGUCGGAGAUGAACAGAGCAAAGAGAAGUGGGCUUUAUGCAAGGACACCUAUCAAACAGCACCCUUGGUACUAGGUAUAUUGCAGGGCUUAUGGCCAACUGCCAUGAACUCAUUGUAUUCCCACGGAGUGCUAUUAGACUUGUGCGAAAGGUUGACUGCUUUGGAGCCCAAAGAUGAGCUGUCAGCGUACAGGCCUGUUCUGAACAACAUCCUCGCAAUUCUAGCAAACAAAUUCACUCCAUCAUCAACCUCGGAUACCUUGGAACCGGCGCGUAGAAGACUGCUGCAUCCACAGGGCGAUAGUUUCAUGGGGGUCAUAGAAGGCACAACCACGCAGAAUGCGGGGGCUACAAUCAUACCACGACCUGAUCCACAGGCAUUGAGAGCCAUCUUCAGCAGCAUCGUGUCUUUCCUGGCGGGUGAUGUCGCCAACUAUAAACCUCGCCAUGAUGAGAAUUGGCUACUUCGCUGGGUUAUUGAAGUUGGUGCCGUUCGAAAUAUCAUAGGUCCCCAACUCGCUCAAGGUGUGGAGCUGCUCGUCAGCCCAAAUCAUGCUCUGCAAAAACAGUAUCAUGCGAAUGUCAAGCGACUCAGAGGUCAAUGGAUCUACCAACAAACAGUGGUACCGUAUAUCGACCAGUGCUUCCCUCGGCAGGCUACCGCUCAACAAGGCGCAAUCGACGAUUCUACAGCUACAAAUCGGUCUGUAGCUAUCAUUUGCAUACUGAAGCACUUGGACUAUACAGUGUGGCGUAGUGAGUCCAACAAGAUUCUCUUGGUGGUUAUUCGAUCACUACAGAAGUUUGGCACAGGCAAGGACAUUAACACUGUCAUGGAUAUCCUGUUAAAGAUUGUGAACUCGGAAGCCGACCUUGUGAAAGACCACCUCAACACUCUGAUCACACAUGUUCUUGCUGUUUACGGUGUGGCACGCAACGCUCACGAAUCUCUCAAUUCUCCCGAAAGCCGCGGUACUGAAUGCAAGAUGACUCGAAGAGAAGCAGCCGUUUGUCGCAAAUACUGCCUCGUAUUCCUCGAGAAACUGCCAAAGACUUUCGAAUCAGUUCGUCACAACUUGAUACCGCAGCGGCGGGCGGUGCUUAGACAGCUAUCGAGAGCCUGCGGUGAUCCUGUUCGUGAAGUGCGGAGUGUCGCGAUACAUGGAAGAGCACAAUGGGAAGCUCUUUCUUGAGGGCGGCUCCUACCACGGCAACUACGAUAUAUUAAAGACACCUAGAUCCCAUAGGCAAUGCAUACGAUAUUAUAAAUAGCCAUAUCAUACGAAACACUUACAGAGCUACUAGAAGCUCCGCUCGAUUGAAAAAUCUAUAGUGUCAUGUAGGGCCGGUCCAAAACCCCUUGAAGAUAAAGACAUGAAUCUGUAGAGACACGCUGGGUUAAAGGUGUUUACUAGAGAGCCUCUUGGUGGAAAGCCAUGCACGCCUGAAUAGCAUAAUACACAAUGUUGCCAUGUCAAUGGUUAUAAUUCCGAGGGUUCGCAUGUAGCCAUCACAGAUGUUUGUAAGCACAGAUGACAAGAAAACUUAACGUCUAAAAAUGGAAGAAAAAUAAAGAAAAAAUUGAGACUAUG